AUGAUGGAGCUCACCUGUGCCUUCGUACUGUUAUCGGCGAGCUUAGUGUGUGCCACCCCCUACGGAUAUGGGGUCAAGGGUGGAGCGUCCGCAAGAGCGGACUCUAGUGCUGUCGCUGGAGCCUUUGGUAUACCGGUUCCAGUGCCAUUAGGAGGUAGCUAUUCAGGAAGUUUUUCUAAAUCGGCUUCAUCCAGUUCAUCCUCCUCGAGUUCUAGUUCAAGUUCAAGCUCCAGCUCAUUUACCUAUAGUGGCUCCGGAGCUGGUGGUUUUGGAUUAAAUGGCGGAGUUCACGGGGGUGGAGAUUGCUCGUCUGGUCACUGUCAGACUGCUGGCAAUAAUAACAUACAAGCGCCACACGGGUCUGCUGCUCAUGGUUACAAUGCUGCUAAUGCAGCGGCCGCAGCAGGGGCGGGGGCUAUAUCAGGAUUAGGAUGCCAAGGACUAAGCUGCCACGACACUGAAAAAUGUGCAUCAGGGGAAUGUAAACCACAAUCAGAAUCUGGAACUGGAAUAGAUACCAACAAAUGCUCAUCAGGUCAAUGUAGUCCUACUGCAGGACAUUCAUCUCCAUCGGGAUACGACUCUAAUGACAUACAUGUUGUCAAAGGUGCAAAUUCGAAUUCUGCUAACAACAACAAAGAUCAUUCUUCUAGUAUUGAUAAAACGGCAAUAGCUUCUAACAGCGCUGGUUCAGAUUGUUCUCAGGGAAAGUGUGGUGCAUCAGGUCCUUCAAGUCCAGCGUCUAGUUACUAUGAUCAUGGUUCAGAAAAUUCGAACCAAGGAUUGAGUACAUCUAACACACAAGGCACAACUAGUGCAGAUCUUGGCAUUAAUACACAUUACCAGAAACCAUCUACAUCUUUAGAAACACCUAAAUUAGGUGAAAAGUGUACUGCUGAAAAUUGCAAUGUUGAACCAGGAAAUCCAAGUCACGAAAGUUCGCCAUCCAGUUACAAUGUGCCAAUUCAUGGGUCAUACAACCAACCUGAAACUAAUCCCUCUUGUAAUGGUGGUAGUUGUCAUAACCAACCAAAGAAUACACAAGCUACCUCAUAUGGAAAUUCAUUAUCUACGAACAUAAACCAACAGCAUGGGCUCCAUACCGACAAUUAUGUGACACCAGGCCCAUCGUCUUUAAACAGUCCCAGCUCAACUAACUGCGGAGGAUCAAGUUGUUUUGGAAAACCAGAUAGUCAGGUAGCAACCGGCCCUUCAUUUUCUCUAACUCCUACUAUCUCUAAUUUCGGGCAAUCACCAUCGAACGCUCCGGCUCUAAUUGGGACAACCUGCAAGACGCCAAAUUGUAAUCCUCAUUCAUCAACUCCUGCUUUUACGUCAGGAUCUAAUGUAGCACCUGGACAUAUUGGGCAUGGCAAACCAUCUGAAAUAAAACCAUCAAAUGACAAAGAUAAACUUCCGGCAUAUACAGGGGGUUUCGGUGGUCCAGCCGGUAUAUUAAAUCCUAAUGAGUUUAAUGCUCCUUCACCAGUAACCAACCCAAGCCACGGUCAUGCUAGUACAGGCCAUGAUGGAAAACCAUUGGGAAGUAUUUCGACUGGCUGCAAUUCACCCAGUUGCUCUUCCACUUCUGGAUCUAAUAUACCGACAGGUAGUUAUACUCAUCAACCUACCGAAAAAUUGCCAACAUAUACAGGUGGAUUCGGUGGUCCCGCUGGAAUGCUGAAACCUACUAAUACUAAUUCCAAUUACGCCCACCCUGGGAGUUCGUCAUAUAAUACACCACAACCGGGUAACAUUGGCGUAGUAGGUUGUAAAACAGGAGCUUGUGGUGGUUAUUCACCUACUGCAAGUGCACCUACAGCAAGUGAUUCUGGAUCAAUAGCACCGUCUGGAUAUUUUGGCACAACGAAACCGGUCACUGGUGUAAGUGCGCCUAGCGAGAAACUACCUUCUUACACUGGCGGCUUUGGUGGUCCCACUGGAACACUGAAACCUACUAAUACUAAUUUAAAUUAUGCUCACCCUGGGAGUUCGUCGUACAAUACACCACAACCGGGUAACAUUGGCUUAGUAGGUUGUAAAACAGGCGCUUGUGGUGGAUAUUCACCUACUGCAGGUGCUGCAAGUGCACCCACUGUAAGUGUAUCUGGAUCAACAGCACCGUCUGGAUAUUUUGACACAACAAAACCGGUCCCUGGUGUAAGUACGCCUAGCGAGAAACUACCUUCUUACACUGGCGGGUUUGGUGGUCCUGAGGGAGUAUUUAGUCCUAAUAAACACGACUCUCAUGUAACUGGACCUAGUGGCCCUUAUACCCCUACAGGUUCUUACAAUAUUCCGAUCUCUGGUGGUAUUAGUGGAGGUUGUACAACACCAAACUGUUAUCCUUCUGGGGCAAGUACUGCUGCAGCUAAUGCCCAAACUGAAGCAUUUGGAGUCACAAAACCAAGUUUUGGUUCGCAUCCCUCAAGUGGAACAUCCCCUUCUAUUCAUACAAGCGGUUACGAUAAACCUUCUGGAGCACAUGGAUCUGAUGGAAUUACCUCUCCUGCAUCCACAGCGAGCUACACACACUCACCAUCUUCUUCUGGUCACUCGUCUGAUUGUAAAACUGGAAACUGUGUCAUUUAUCCCGACAGCGGUUCGUCGGCUGAUUCAAAUGUGCACCCCGGAUCAUUCAGUUUAACCAAACCUAAUACAGAUGUAAACCCUACUGGUCCAUCACAACCCCAACAUAUGGGUGGAUUCAGUGGGCCUUUUGGUUCAACAAAGCCUAAUGAACACAAUUACGUGACCCCUUCAACUGCUAGCUGUAAAACACCUAACUGCGUAAAUUUACCCACAGCUGGUGGUAGUGUGAUAUCUGGAGCUAAUGCUCAGUCUGGAGCUAACGCUCAAUCUGGACUUAAUGCUCAAUUUGGAGUCGCUGGUAUUAAACCGAUUCAUGAAACUGAUGAAAAGCCAAUUUACACGGGUGGUUUUGGGGGAGCACCUGGUUUAUUAAAACCUAGUGAAUUUAAGGUGCCAGCUGUUAAUCCUAUACUUAAUAUUAAUAAACCAGUAGUAAGUACCUCACCUUCUGCUUGUUCUUCUGGAAAUUGCAACCCUCACGCUACCCACACCUCUGUUGCACCUUCUCACAGCGGUGCUUCAAACGGAGCUCAUGCUACAGCAGCAGCAGCUGCUGAUGCUCACGCCGUUGUAUAUACUGGAGGGUUUGGAGGCCCACCUGGUGUUCUUCAACCAUAUGACGAUGGGAAAAUUGGACCGUUACCCACCACUGGAGGACACUUAUCUCUAACGAGUGGCUCACACGGAGAUUCUCACAAUGCUAACGUUAACCCACCGCUCGGUAUAAGUUCCGGAGGUUACAAUGCCCCAACGAGUGCUACAGGAACUCAAGGAGCUCACAGAAAUACAGGUGCGCAUGGUGGUAUCGUUGCCGGCUCUACGACAUUUGCGGGAGCUGCGGCAGGUGCUUCAGCUGGUGCAUAUGGACAUAAUACGCAUGGAUCAUAUAGUAAUGGAGGAAAUGUCAAGGGCGGCAGUCCGUGCAGCGGCGGCUGCGGUGGAUCAGGUUCGGCGUCACCUCAUGGUGGUGCCUCUUUUGACUUCAAUCUUGGACAACAUGGUUUUCCUAAAUUCGGUUUCACUGAUGCAUUGAGUGGAGCUGGAAGCGUCGCGGGUGCGACAGCCAAAAGUCUGGCUAACGCUUUCGGAGUGGGAGGCAGCUUUGCUGGCAGCUCUGCAAGCGCACAUUCUUCUUCUGGUGCCUACACUAAAGGAGGUUAUGGAAAACGAUAA